UCAGCCAAAUGCCAUGAUAAUAAAGCUAACUGCCAUCGACAGUAAUCAGCAUAACUUGAUUUCGGCACUAACCGAUACUCUAGGACUUGAUUGACCUCAGGAGAGAGUUUGUUGGUCUUCAUGCUUCGGUUCAUUUGGGUCCGAGCAUGGCAGAAGGGGACACCUUGGUAUCAGUGGAUUACGAAAUUUUUGGGAAGGUGCAAGGGGUGUUUUUCCGCAAGUACACGCAGGCUGAAGGUAAAAAGCUAGGAUUGGUAGGCUGGGUACAAAACACUGACCGCGGCACAGUGCAAGGACAACUGCAAGGGCCCAUCGCCAAGGUGCGCCAUAUGCAGGAAUGGCUUAAGACAAGAGGGAGCCCCAAAUCGCAUAUUGACAGUGCAAACUUCAACAAUGAGAAAGUCAUCUUAAGGUUGGAUUACUCGGAUUUCCAAAUUGUGAAAUAAUGGCCUGCAUUUUAAUUUUCUAAGAUAAACUUAGAAGGCUGGACAGAACUAUCCUGUGUUCAAUAUUUUUCAGUAAGUUAUUUUAGUGUAAGAUAUUUUGCUGUUUAAUAUGUUAUACAUAUGAUAGAAGGAUUGCAACUGUACCGUUCUCAAUAAAAUCACCCAAGACUCUUU